AGAGGCCCUUUUUCAACCCAAGGCAUUGUUUCAGAGACUUUCCUGCAGGAACAAUGGCAGAGAGAUUGUGGUAGGAAUCAUGGAAGGUACAUUGGGCAAAAUUUUCUGGAAUCACUCUGAGUGAUACGGAGACUGAAAGACGUUCUCCAACCCAAAAAAGAAAGCGAAGUUUCAGCCUUUUUUGGUCGUAUUAUUUGGGACAAAGAGAAGCUAAUAAAAUAGCCCUUUUAGUGGGUAUAAGCUUUUAAUGGCUAUUCAGUGCACUCGUACAAGAGAGAGACAGAGAUAUGAGAGAAAAUUAUGGCUUUGAGAGUCGUAGAAGAUAGCAAAGAGUCAGAGGGAAAGAGACGGGCACAGACAGUGAGAGAGUAUACUCGAAAGCGGUUUGAAAGUGAAGCAUAAUAAAAAGUGAACAGAUUCACGGGAUUGUCAGUGGGUAUUUUUUCGUUUGUAGGAGUACACGUUGCUCCAGAAGGUUAAGAGAGAGAGAAUAAGAGAAAAUUCUUUCUUUGUGAGAAAUUUGAGAGAGGAAGAAAGAGAAGUGGCUGUGCUUUUUGUAGGCUGGAGGAAGUUGGGUGUGAAUUCGGCGCUGUUUUUGAAUUUUAGAAGGUGGUUUGUCACUCCAAAGUCACUAGAGAAAGAGAAAAAAUGGGAAAGGCUACAAGAUGGUUGAAAGGCCUGUUGGGAAUGAAGAAGGAGAAGGCUCAUGUCGAAAAUCAAAGUCAAUUGACUGGAGACCGGAGGGAAAAGAAAAGGUGGAGUUUUGGCAAGUCGCUAAGAGAUUCUAGCGCAGUUGCUCAGUCGCCGGCGAGCACUUCGGGUAAAAUACCAGCCACCGAUGCGGCUUGGCUAAGAUCCUACAUUACUGAGUCAGAGAAGGAGCAGAACAAGCAUGCAAUUGCCGUGGCUGCUGCCACAGCAGCCGCAGCUGAUGCUGCAGUUGCCGCUGCACAGGCAGCGGUGGCGGUUGUCCGGCUGACAAGCCAGGGACGGGGAACUUUGUUUGCUGGAGGGAGGGAAAGGUGGGCUGCUGUGAAGAUUCAGACUGUUUUUAGGGGUUGUUUGGCCCGGAAAGCGCUUCGAGCUCUGAAAGGACUUGUCAAAUUACAGGCUCUUGUUAGAGGAUAUCUUGUCCGAAAACGGGCUACUGCAACCCUUCAUAGCAUGCAAGCUCUUAUAAGAGCUCAAGCUUCAGUUCGCUCACAGCGUGCCCGUCGUUCUCUCAACAAAGAGAAUAGAUUUCAUCCUGAAAUUCGAGCCCGAAGAUCUAUUGAGAGGUUUGACGAAGCAAGAAGUGAAUUUCACAGCAAGAGGUUAUCGGCAUCAUAUGAAGCUUCAAUGAAUGCAUUCGACGAUAGCCCAAAAAUUGUGGAAAUUGACACAUACAAACCAAGAUCAAGAUCUAGGAGAAUCAACACGGUGUUGUCUGAGUGUGGUGAAGACCUGCCUUACCAAACAAUCUCAUCGCCUCUUCCAUGUCCAAUUCCUGCUCGAAACUUUCAAGACUAUGAAUGGUACUUCACUGGUGAAGAAUGUAGGUUUGCUACUGCUCAGAGCACUCCUCGGUUUGGUAAUUCCAUUCAGUCUAAUGCCCCGGCUACACCGGCCAAGAGUGUCUGUGGAGACAGCUUCUUUAGACCAUACUUAAACUUCCCAAACUAUAUGGCAAGUACACAAUCUUUUAAGGCUAAAUUGAGGUCUCACAGUGCACCAAAGCAAAGACCCGAGCCUAUGCCAAAGAAGAGGCUUUCACUGAAUGAAAUCAUGGCAGCAAGAAAUAGCAUUAGCAGUGUUAGAAUGCAGCGGUCUUCUUCCCGAGAUGAAGAGGAAGAUUUCUGAUAUACUGUUGCUACUUGCUAAGAGGUCCUCCUAGUUAUUCAGAGAGAACAUGUUUGGGUUGUUUCAGUUUUAAAUGAUUCUCUAAGCUUGCUUUUCUACUUCAUCGUCAACAACAAAUAGGAUAAAGCUAAAGGUCCUGUAAAUUCUUCUGAAACAGUUAUUGAAUUAUUCCUUAUGAAAUGA